GCAUUUCCAGUGUGAUGUCAAAACGAACACGUUCCAGGAGGGAUUUUUCGUUUGCGCCAUUCCAAGCCACGUUUUCACGUAGCUUUUGUGCGCGUGUAACUGAAAGACUGUCCGGUGAUGUGUACCUAAUGCGAGAUGCUGAACAGCUCUCAGUACUUUAUCAGGCCGUUGAUUUCGUCCAAAACGAGUCGCUGUCAGCAUUAGCGAGUGGUUUUAAUCCUGAAGAUGGAACGUGUUCGGUGUUGCUGGUCGACUAUGGACAGCGUGUCACUUGCCAGUGCUUUGCAGUCUACGAUAUCCAUGAACAGCUGGAAAUUGAUAAAGAGUAUCUGGUAUCUAUCACAGCGCAAGCCGGUGACGGUAUUUGCCGAGGAAGAAUUAAACAUACCCCACAAGGUGUAACCUCGAACCGUCAUCAGCAGCAUGAAGAUGACGAGUCGGAUGCGGAAGAUACCGGUCACUCACCUGAGCAUGACGAUCUGAGCAGUCACAUGAUGAAGGCAGUAGCGGCAAUUGAGAAAGCCAGUCAAGAUGGAGCUCUUCCCAACAAUCCCUAUGCGAAUUUUUUACCUGCCAAUUUUCGGCCGACGUAUGGCCAUGCUCCAGGCUGCAUCGCUGGAGGGAAUCCGUUUGCAGUGCCAUUAGCCUGUCAUCCUCUGGAACCAAAUCCCCGGACUUGUUCUCUUGAACACGUUUUACCACAUCCAGCAGAGCUGGGAUACCGAAGUGCUGAAGCAAAUUUUCGUCUAUAUCCUCCAGAAAACAACGUCCAAUUUAAUCCAUAUUGGGCACAGCAGCCGCUACAAGCGUGGUUAGUUUAAUU